AUGUCUUCAAAAUACGAGGAAAAUAUUAUUUUGCCUAACGGUAAAACUGUUAAAGUUAUUACUUCUGUAGUAGAAGCAUCUGAAAAAGAUGUUGAUAUCGCUGUUGAAGCUGCAACGAAGGCUUUUAAUGAGGAAUGGAUUCAUAUGGAUGGUCAUAAGCGUGGAAGAUUAUUGAAUAAGCUUGCUGAUUUAAUUGAACGUGAUAUCGAUGAAUUAGCUGCUCUUGAAUCAUUGGAUAACGGUAAAGCUUUUACAAUAGCAAAGUCCGCAGAUCUUCCACUUACAAUUGCCGUUUACAGAUACUUUGCCGGAUGGUGUGACAAGAUCCACGGCAAGGUUAUUGAGACUGAACAUGAUAAAUUUUGCUAUACGCGUCAUGAACCAAUUGGUGUUGUUGGUGCAAUUAUUCCAUGGAAUUUUCCACUUCUUAUGCAAUCUUGGAAAUUAGCUCCAGCCUUAGCAUGCGGCAACACUGUAGUACUUAAAUCAUCUGAAUAUACUCCUUUGAAUGCCUUAAAAGUUGCUGCCUUAUUUAAAGAAGCUGGGUUUCCAAAAGGUGUCGUUAAUAUUCUGUCGGGAUUUGGUCCUACAGCCGGUGCUGCUAUUGCCAAUCAUAUGAAAAUCGAUAAAGUCGCUUUUACAGGAUCGACCGCUGUAGGAAGAUCUAUAUUAAAAGCUUCGGCAGAUAGUAACUUGAAAAAGGUUUCCUUAGAAUUAGGUGGAAAAUCACCAAACAUUAUAUUUGCAGAUUCUGAUCUUGAAGUGGCAGUUAAAUGGGCAUAUCAAGGAAUUUAUUUCAAUCAUGGUCAAUGUUGUUGCGCUGGUUCACGAGUUUAUGUCGAAGAUUCUAUUUAUGAUAAAUUCGUUGAGAAGUUUAAAGCAUAUUCUGAAAGCAUGAAAAUUGGUGAUCCUUUUCAUAAUGACACAUUUCAAGGCCCUCAGGUUUCUCAACGACAAUUUGAUAGAAUCAUGUCUUACAUUGAAUCUGGCAAGCAAGAGGGUGCAACUUUGUUAUUGGGUGGUGAACGACAUGGUGAUGAAGGAUAUUUCGUCUGUCCAACUGUUUUCACUGACGUGAACGAAAAUAUGAAGAUCAUGCAAGAAGAAAUAUUUGGGCCAGUUGUUGCCAUUGCAAAAUUCAAAACCGUUGAAGAAGUAAUUGAAAAGGCACACCUGACAAAUUACGGCUUGGCUGCAGCUGUUUUCACUAAAAAUUUAUCUCGAGCAAUAAAAAUUUCAAAUACGUUGAGAGCUGGCACGGUGUGGGGUUACAAAGAAUCUGGAUUUGGCCGUGAGCUCGGAAAAUACGCGUUAGAAUUAUAUACUCAAGUGAAAACAGUUCAAAUUAAUCUUGAAUCCUAA